UGCAGUAUUUGUUCAGAUUCUGAAGGUCAGGAUGAUGACCAUGUGACAGGUUUAGAUGACGUUCUCAUGACAGCACAUAUGGCAGAGUACGGAUGGGGACUCUCUGAGGAACUCGUCAGAAAGGCCCGCACUGAACUCAAUGAGGAUCCUGAGAAAUUUGCCGAGUUCAUCACAGCAGUUACUGAUCAAAUUGUCACAAGGCCAGAUAUAACUUUCCUGAGAACAGACGAAGCAUUUGUGACAAGAUUUCUUCGAGCACGGAAGUACGACACAUUUGAGGCAUUUAAGCUGUAUGCCCGUUAUUUUGAAUUUCGCCAGGACAACACCAAUCUUUUUAAGAAAUUUCAAGCAUCAGAGCCUGGAAUUAAGGAUGCCUUGUACGAUGGUCUGCCAGGAGUCUUGCCAAACCUUGAUCACUAUGGACGUAAAAUUAUUGUUCUGUAUUCCGCAAAUUGGGACAAUAAUCGGUAUGGUUUGGCAUCUAUAUAUCGAGCAAUACUACUGACUCUAGAAAAGUUGAUUGAUGAUGAUGAAGCUCAAAUCAAUGGGUUUGUGGUUAUUGUCGACUGGAGUCAGUUUACGUUUAAACAGUCAACAUGGCUUAGUCCAAAAGUUCUCAAGUUGAUGAUCGAGGGGCUACAGGACUGUUUUCCGGCACGGUUUGGAGCAAUACACUUUGUCAAUCAGCCAUGGUACAUUGAAGCUGUCUUUAAGAUGCUUAAACCCUUCCUAAAGGAGAAAAGUAAAGAUAAGAUCCAUAUGCACGGUAUAAACUUGGGCACACUUCACGUUCAUAUCCACAAGGAGGUUUUGCCAGCGGAGCUUGGUGGCACACUACCGCCAUACAACAACUUGGUCUGGGCUAAAGAGCUGAUUGGAGACGAGAGCUUUAGCUUUGGUGAUAAACAGAUCUACUGGCCCGGCCAUUGUUCUAAGUCUCGUGCUGUACGGUCUGAAUCAUUCCCCAUUGACCACUUCUCCAGCCAUGCUGACCAUGGAUCAGGAGAUGAAACAGGUACACACCUGGAUGAAGAGUUCUUCCUUAUAGAAUAGUCAGUGAUAACCCUCAUACAACAAACUCUAAACAAAUAGCCGUUAUUAAGUAUAAGAUAUAGUAGGUAAUUUCAUAAGGUGGGUACUUUUUGGCAUUGUUUUACAAAUUUGAGAGAAAAAUGAAAAAAAAAUCUUUGACGAUUUUCCCUUCUGAAUUCAUACUUUAUCAGGGGUACUGUAACAUUUUAACAAAACUUAA